AUGGCAGACGAGAACGUCUACCCAGAAAAUCAAGCACUGUCUGAUCCAGAACCAGAAUCUAUGCGCCUGAAAACUUUAGCAGAACAAACAUAUGCCGCCGGGAAUCUAAAAUCAGCUUUGAAGUUUGCCACGCAGGCCCAUCAUCUAUAUCCUUCGCUCGAAGGAAUAGAGGAGUUGCUAAUGGCCUUUGAAAUUCUCUGCACAGCCAUUGUUCCUAUUUCCUUGACGCCAAUUGAUGAAACCAAUCCCUCUGCCCCUGCUCAGCCUGACUACUACAAAAUUCUCCAAGUUGAGAGGUUUGCCCAUAUAAACACAAUUAAGAAACAAUACAGGAAACUUGCUUUAGCGCUCCACCCAGAUAAGCAUCCUUUUGUAGCUUGUGAGGAAGCAUUCAAGUAUGUUGCAGAAGGUUUUGGGGUCUUGUCUGAUAGGAUUAAAAGGAAGGAAUAUGAUAUGAAGCUUAGAGUAGCUAUGCAAAAUGAGGCUGAGGCUGCCGCUAGUGGCGGGAUUGAGGUUGAGGAAAUGCAUACGUUUUGGACAUCUUGUUCCACUUGCAGGUUGUUGCAUAAGUUUGAGAGGAAGUAUUUGGGGCAUAUCUUGGUUUGCCCUAGUUGUAAAAAGAGCUUUGAAGCUGUUGAAGCAGCGGAGGAAGAUGCUGGAACAGAUAGACUUCGAGCGGAGAAAGAAGCAGUUGGGGUAAAUGUGAGGAGUAGUGAGAGAAUUAGGACAAGAAGUGUCAAGAUGAGUAGUGUCGGGGAGAUUUUGGAGAGGUCAACAAGGAACAAUGUGCAAGUUAAAGGUGGGAGUAAGAGUGAUUCAGAAAAUUUUGGAAAGAAAAGGGGUCUUGGGAUUGGGGACAGUGAUGGUGGUUCAGGUGUGAAUGAGGGCCCGAAAGUUAAAAGUGUGGGGUUGACAUUGAAGAAUGUGGCAAAAGAAAGAAAAGAGGGGCAUAGUGGUGAUGAUCAGGUUGAGGUUUUGAGUUCAAAGCGUGGAAGAGAGGAAGAGAGACUUGGAGGGGUUCAGGUGGUUAAGGGGACUAGGGCAGGGACAAAGAGGCUAAAGGUUUUGGAGGAAGAGAUGAUGACUUUGGCAGAGAUGCAAUUGUUAGCGAAGAAGAAAUGCAGUGAAGCAAAACUGAAGGGGGAAAAACAGGGAAACAACAAGAAAGAUCUAGAGAAGGACAGUGAAGAGAGGAAGGAGAUGGAGAAAGAGAAGCAGCAAGAUGAAGAGGAGCAGGUGAAUGGAGAGGAUAUAGAAAAAGAGAACAUGGAAGAGGAGGGAGAUGAUGGAAUUGGUAAGGAGACGGAGGUACUAGAAGAGACAGGGAAGGAUGCAGAAAAGGAAUGUCCCGAAAUAAGUAAAAAGAACAGGAUCCCUAGGGAAAAGAAGGUUGUGGCAACAUAUAGGAGGGAGAGAAAAAGAGUUGCAAAUGAUGAAACUAUGGCUUUAGCAGAGAUGCAAUUGUUAGCGAAGAAGAAAUGCAGUGAAGCAAAACUGAAGGGGGAAAAACAGGGAAACAACAAGAAAGAUCUAGAAAAGGGCAGUGAAGAGAGGAAGGAGAUGGAGAAAGAGAAGCAGGAAGAUGAAGAGGAGCAGGUGAAUAGAGAGGAUAAAGGAAAAGAGGACAUGGAAGAGGAGGAAGAUGAUGGAACUGAUAAAGAGACCGAGAUGCAUGAGGAAGAACAGACGAAGAAUAAUGGAGAAAAGGAAUAUCGAGAAAAGAGUAAAAGGAACAGGAAUACUAGGGAAAGGAAGGUUGUGGCAACAGGUAGGAGGGAGAGGAAAAGAGUUGCAGAUGACGAAACUAUGGCUUUGGCAGAAAUGCAAUUGUUAGCGAAGAAGAAAUUCAGUAAAGCAAAAUUGAAGGGGAAAAAACUGGGAAACAACAAGAAAGAUCUAGAGAAGGACAGCGAAGAGGGAAAGGAGAUGGAGAAAGAGAGGGAGCAAGAUGAGGAGCAGGUGAACGGAGAAGAUAGAGAAAAUGAGAACGUGGAAGAAGAGGAAGAGGAUGAAACUGAUAAGGAGAUGGAGAUGCAAGAGGAAGAAGGGAUGGGGAAGAAUGGAGAAAAGGAAUGUCCAGAAAUAAGUAAAAAGAACAGGAAUACUCGGGAAAGGAAUGUUGUGAUUACAGAUUGGAGGGAGAGAAGUGUUGCAGAUGAUGACACUAUGGGAAUGCUACCAAAAAAGACAUCAAGAAUUAGUGGGCUAAGAUCUAGGCAUCGUACAUUGCAGAAUCCGGAUUUUCAUGAAUUUGAUAAAGAGAGAGCAGGGAGGAGCUUCAAGACAGGUCAAGUAUGGGCAAUUUAUGACAGUGAGGAUGGAAUGCCUAGGCAUUAUGGUUUGAUUGAUGAAGUUGUUUCAGUGGAUCCUUUUGAAGUGAAAUUGAGUUGGUUGGAAUAUCAAAGCAAUGGCGAUCACCAGCUACUGAGUUUGGAAAAAAUGGGAUUCUAUGCUUCCUGUGGGAGAUUUAAGGUUUCAGAGAAAGUUACAGUUAAAUCUUUGAAAAUGUUUUCCCACCUUGCUGAUAGUGAAAGAGCUGCAAGAGAGGUUUAUAGAAUAUAUCCAAAAAAGGGCUCUGUUUGGGCAAUUUAUAACAACCAUGCUUUGCUUUCUGAAAGGAACAACCAGACCAUGACUGAUAAGCACUACGACAUAGUUUUGUUUUUGACUAAUUACAGUGACAUACAUGGCUCGAGUAUGGCAUUUCUUGAGAGGGUUGAGGGAUUUAAGGCAGUUUUCAAGCGGAGAGAAAUUGGGCCUCGUGCAAUUAAAUUUCUUGAAAGAGACAAUUUUAAGCUCUUGUCGCAUCAGAUACCUGCAAGGAAGCUCUCUGGAGAGGAUGUUCCUGGGCUUCCUAAAUGCUGUUGGGAGCUUGAUCCUGCUUCACUACCUCAGGACUCCCCUAAUAUUUGUCAAAAAGGUCCAAUUGCUUCGUAGGAAGAUUGUUUAGUUGUACAGCAUGAUCCACUGUAAAAAUCUACGACAACAGUUUUGUUUUUUUUCUUGUGAAUCAAUUCCCUCUAAAAUUAUUUACUGGAAGAAUUAUCUACUAGAAUCUUGCUAAGCAUUUGGUUUCUAAAUGUCUAAUGUUGUCUUAAUUCACUUGACAACCAAAUUGGUUCAUGUUCUUUGUUCUUCCUAAGUCACUUCAGAACAUUAACCACAUUGGAUAAUGUUGACAACCAAAUCUGGCUACAAGAUGAAAACCUUCAUUGUUCAGAGAUGGUAAUGUAAAUUUGAUCGCAAAAGCUUUUUUGUGCUUAUUGUCAUUUGAUUGUCAGUUAUUAGUUUGUUCAUAUUGCUCCAAAAUAAUCUCAUUAGUUUUAGGCGCAGAAUAUCUUUUAUGCAGAGUCUACCAAAAUAAGAGCACAAGGUUUGAAGACACAUGCAACUAUGAAUAUGAGAAGGCUAACCUUGACGAACUGAUUCUGAGUUUGUUGUUACAUACAUUGAUUCUUUAGAUUUUUGUUUGUUGCGUGUAUAAAGUGAAAUUGCAUAAUGCAUUGAGGAAGAUAAUGUAUGUAAGCUCAUAUUUCUAUUCUGAACAAGGCCAGUAAGUUAUGAUGCUGGAACAGAAUCCAGAAAUGAUGAUCUUGACUUGGCUGGCCUUUUGUAUUACAUUAUUUGUUGGACUCUUUCUCCAUGGCGGUUUCCUCGAUACACUUGUGGGUACGUGAAUUGACUUUAAUUUGUUUGCGAGUCUUGCAGGGUUCAUUGUCUAGCUGUUUAUAUGUCUCUGUUUGCACUGAUCUCUCUGUGACUCUCGUCCUAACGUGCUCCAGUUUUAUAAUUUUCUUCUUGUCAUCGCUGUUAGAUUUCCGUAAUCAUCAGGAGUUACGAGAAUGAUCCUUAAGCAUAUUCUCUGUUUUUAUCAAAAUGGAUUGAUUUAACGGUUUUUUUUGGUUUUGUAUUUUGGCCUCUCUCUCUCUCUCUCUCUCUCUCUC